AUGCGGCCCACCGUGCUCUCCUCCUGCCUCACCGGCGGCCUGCUGGCCGCCCUGGGCCAAGCCGCUGUGCUCCCGCCACUGGAGGCCCCGGCGCCCGCCACCCCGGCGGCGCUGGAGGAGCGGGCGGCCAGGGUCACGGUGGCUCUGGGGCCGUCGGCCACCGUCGUGGGCGCGUCCAUCGGCAACGUCGAGUCCUUCAAGGGCAUCCCGUUCGCCGACGCGCCCGUGGGCAACCUGCGCUUCCGGCCGCCGCAGCGGCUGUCGAGGCAGCUGGGAACCUACGACGCCACCACGCUGGUGCCGGCGUCGUGCCCGCAGAUGUUCAUCUCGACCGAGUCGGGCGACGCCCUCUUCAACGCGCUCGGCAAGCUCGCCAACCUGCCGCUCAUCCAGACCAUCACAAAGGUGUCCGAGGACUGCCUCAACAUCAACGUGCAGCGGCCUGUCGGCGUCAAGGCCGGCGACAAGCUGCCUGUUCUGUUUUGGAUCUUUGGCGGCGGCUUCGAGCUCGGGGGAACCGCCAUGUACGACGGAGGCCCGCUCAUCCAAAACGGGAUCGACGUUGGGCAGCCCUUCAUCUUCGUGGCGGUCAACUACCGCGUGGGCGCCUUCGGCUUCAUGCCGGGCGCCGAGAUCAUGGCCGAGGGCUCGUCCAACGCCGGGCUGCUGGACCAGCGCAUGGGCCUCGAGUGGACGGCCGACAACAUCGCGGCCUUUGGCGGCGACCCGGACCGCGUCACCAUCUGGGGCGAGUCGGCCGGCGCCAUCUCCGUCUUUGACCAGAUGGCGCUCUACGGCGGCAACAUCACGUACAAGAGCAAACCACUGUUCCGCGCCGGCAUCAUGAACUCGGGCAGCCUCGUGCCCGCCGACCCCAUGGACUGCCCCAAGGGCAAGGCCGUCUACGCCCAGGUGGUGCGGUCGGCCGGCUGCUCGGCCGCCCGCGACACGCUCGCGUGCCUGCGCGCCCUGCCGCUCGACCGCUUCCUCCCCGCCGCCAACUCGGUCCCGGGCCUGCUAUCGUACAGCUCCGUCGCGCUCUCGUACCUGCCGAGGCCCGACGGCCGCGUCCUCCCCGCCAGCCCGGACGUGCUGCUCGCGUCGGGCCGGUACGCGGCCGUGCCCAUGAUCAACGGCAACCAGGAGGACGAGGGCACGCUCUUCAGCCUGUUCCAGCGCAACGUGACCAGCUCGGACCGCCUCGUGACGUACCUCAACGACUACUUCUUCCAGGGCGCGCCCCGCUCCACCAUCGAGGCCCUCGUGGGCACGUACGACUGGCCGUACCUGACGCAGGGGUCGCCCUUCGGCACGGGCAUCCUCAACGAGAUCUACCCGGGCUUCAAGCGCCUGGCGGCCAUCCUGGGCGACCUGGUCUUCACGCUGACGCGCCGGGCGUUCCUCGACAUCGCCAACGCCGUCAACCCGUCGGUGCCGUCGUGGAGCUACCUGUCGAGCUACAACUACGGGCUCCCGAUCCUGGGCACCUUCCACGGCAGCGACCUGCUGCAGGUGUUUUACGGCAUCCUGCCCAACUACGCCAGCCGCGCCACCAUGGUUUACUAUACCAACUUUAUCUACAACAUGGACCCCAACGUGGGCGUGACGGGCUACAUGAACUGGCCGCGCUGGUCCAAGGGCCGCAUGCUGAUGAACUUUUUCGCAAAGGACGCGAGCCUGAUCCGGGACGAUUUCAGGAGCGAGAGCGCCGCGUUUAUCAAGAGCAACGUUGCGAAUUUGUAUGUUUAG